CUUUAUUUACUAGCGCGGCGUGGUUCAUACACGGUCCAGAAUGUAGUACAUAAACCAAACGCAUUUUUGUUUAGAGAAAGAGAACCGGGAAAGCAAGUGGAAAAGAUGUGUUAGUUAAUGGUUUACAUUUUCUUCCUGAUGCGCUCAGAUCGUACGGUACAGUCAGUAUUCGCUAUUAGCGCGUAGAGUAAAAACGCUUCGUUUAGUUCGGAAAGGAAACUGAUCCAGUUAGAUCGUGUCGGGUUCAGUGUUGUGUAGCUUGGAAUGCGUUCGGGAUCAGAACAUUGCUGACGUGGCAAUUGACAACGUGGCGCAGAAUUUGUUGGCGAUUUUGGCAACAUCUUUGAAAACUUGAUUGAACCUUCUGAAGAGUUGUGUGAGUUUUCAGAGUCAACAUUUGAAAAUGUGCACACAAUUUUCGCAAACAAACACACUAAAGAUGUUACUCCUGUUGGUCAUGGUGUGUCUGCUCUUCAACUGCGCCGUUUCAGGCAUUCCGAAACCGGAAGAGAAACGCGUUCUGGACCAUGAAGUCAUCAACCAUGUGCCACACUUCCAGAACGAAGAACACAACAAGCAGUACGAUCACGAGGCAUUUCUCGGGGAGGAUGCUAAAACUUUCGACCAGCUCGAGCCAGAAGAAAGCAGACGUAGAUUAGGACUAAUUGUAGAAAAAAUUGAUACAGACAAAGAUAGCUUUGUUAACUUAUCGGAGCUUAAGGCCUGGAUCCAGUAUACUCAGCGGAGAUACAUAGAAGAUGACGUUAGCCGACAGUGGAAGCAACACAAUCCUAAUAAUGAUACAGACACUAUCCACUGGGACACGUACAGGAAAAAUGUCUACGGAUUCAUGGAUGAAAUGGAUCCAAAGGAUCUUGAUCAGGGAGAUGAAAAUUACUCGUACAAAGCCAUGCUGAGCCGGGAUCGACGCCGAUGGAGUGUGGCCGAUCGCGAUGGAGAUGAUCGAUUGGCUAGGGCUGAGUUCACGGAGUUCCUGCAUCCCGAAGAGAGUCCUUACAUGCGAGAUAUCGUCGUGCAGGAAACUAUCGAAGAUAUCGAUAAGGAUAACGACGGAAAAGUAUCGGUACAGGAAUAUAUCGGCGAUAUGUACCGGGGCCGGGAGGAUAGCGAUGAUGAGCCGGAAUGGGUUAAGCAUGAACGGGAAACUUUCAGCAACUUCCGCGACAAAAACAAGGACGGUUUCAUGGACAGCCAAGAGGUGAGGGAUUGGAUUAUUCCGGCUGAUUUCGAUCACGCCGAAGCAGAGGCGCGGCAUCUUAUCUACGAGGCGGAUUCCGAUGCGGAUGAAAAGCUAACAAAAGAAGAGAUUAUAGAAAAAUACGAUCUGUUUGUGGGAUCCCAGGCAACCGAUUUCGGAGAGGCUCUUACACGGCACGAUGAGUUCUGAGGAACAGUGAGCAAUUCAUCUAACACAAUAGUUUUAAGCUCGUUUACGCUAGACUGAGACCGAUGGAUUUGAAGCAACUUAAAAUUCUGAGCCAUCCUUCGCGAUCGACGACGGGUUGUCAGAAACUCGAAUGAUUUGAUGCCGAACCAAUGAUAUUUUAGUUUUCCAAUACGGUCUCGGGUGUAUGCAAAUACCUUUAAAUUAAUUUUGUGUAUAACUUUCGGGGCCAGUAUUACAUGUGUAAUAAAGUAUUGCUAAAACCAGAAAA